AUGGAGAUUUUAAAUAAAGAAGGAGACCAAAAUAUGUCAAAUGGUUUCUUAACAUUAGAACAACUUUAACAAUAUUCCAUAUAAGAAAUUGGAGAAAAUGUCAUAGGUGAAUUUGAAAAUGUGAAAGAAUAAUUCGGAAAAUUUUUUAAAGAGUCGUAAGAUAUGAAAAAUAAUAAAUAUGAUUUACUUAGAUAAGAAUCAAUAUUAUUAUAGUUUCAUAAAAAAUAAAAAAAUGAUAAAAAAAUUUACAAUCAUGAAGAAAUUGUAGAUUUCUUGAGUGGCUUUAAGAUUUCAAUUCCAUAGAAUACUAUAGCUAAAGAAAAGAAAUAAAUAUAAUCUCAUUUUGAUAUAGAAAAUUUAACAGAAUAAAAAAUUUUUGGGAGAAUAAUUUAAAAUUUAGACUAUAAAAACAAAAGCAUUUACAACGUGAGUACGGAUGAAAGAGAAGAAUUUUAAGAAUUAAAGAAUAUUUUUAUGAAUCAUUUAGGAAUAAAAAAUAAUAAAAGAAGUAAAAGAAAAUAAUUGAAAGAAUUUGAAAAAAUUUCAGAAAAAUACAAUAAAAAAUUUUUAGAAGAGAUGAAAUUAGACUAUGAGGUUGUAGAUAUUGGACAAAAAAUAUUAGAUUCAUUACAAGAUAUCAGAAAUGAGUAAAAGAGAAUUUGCGAAAAAAUAUUCAGAUAAGACGUUUUGCAAUAACAAGUGGAUGUAUUAUAUAACAUUCUUAUUAGGUUAUGCUUUCUAAUUUUCGCAAAAGCGCUAACAAAUUGA